AAAUCAAAAUGAAAGCUAUUUUCGCAAUUUUCGCCUUGUGCUUGGUUGCCGCCAAUGCCGGUACCAUCGCCCAACCUCCCGUCAACUAUGAAGGCAUGGUUGAUGAUGUCUUGAACGAAAUGGCCCAACUUGCCAAGGAUACUGCUGUUGCCUUGCAACAUGCCGUUGAAGAAAUCGUUUUGGAUCCUUUGCAACAAGUCGAAGAAGCCGUUGAAAGCAUUGAAGCUCUCCGUGUCGAAAGCGAGGAAUGUGUUGCUGCUGAGGAGGAUAAGGUCACCGCCACCGUUGAUGCCAUGCACCGUGAUAUGGGUGUCUGUGGUGUUAAUGCUGCCAAGGAAUCGGCUGAUAUCAUGACCGACAUCAGUGCUGCCACCCAACAAUUGAUCUUCGGUGGUUAUGAUGUCAUCAGCACCUAUCAGAAGUGUCAAAAAUACAAAAAUCAAAUCUUGAAGAAGACAUGCUAUGCCAAUUUGACCGUCAAGGCUACUUUGUACUUGAACAGCUCUCGCAAAUCCAUCAGAACCAUUCGUGAAAGCACUAGUGUCCGUAUUCCAGCUAUGGCUAAUGAUGCUGAUCUCUGUACUCAUGGCGCUGCUGAUGUCGCCAUCCAACAAUUGAACACCAUUGAGGCCACCGUUAAUGCUUGCAUUGGCAAAUACUAA